UUUUCCUCCAAUGAAAGGGUUAUUUCAACCCUGAAAGCCCGCGGUUCGAAUGCCACCCCGUACGCAGAUGCCUGCAGAUGCGCAGACGAGGGGGUUGAAAUGAUCAUGAGGGGUGACAUAGAGCCGGGGAGUUUCGUCCCCGAAGGGAAAACAGUAGUUGAAAAUUUUUUCUUAACCUGACGUGCCCCCAUGCUUACCCUUGAGAUGUCCGCGGAGAUUCAGAAUGCCCUGGCGGCGGGUCCAAAGCAUGAGCACCUGCUGGUGGAGAUCGAGUCCACUGAUACCAGCAGUGUAGGAAUGGUCAUCAGGGCUAUUUAUGAUGGCCAUGAGCAUCAGAAGUUCAUGGAGAAGCUGGACGAGAGGGUCAAGAGCCAUGACAAGGAUAUCGAAAGAAUGUGCAAUCACCAUUAUCAGGGAUUUAUCGACUCUAUCAGGGAGCUACUGCAAGUUCGCUCGCAAGCACAACAACUCAAUAAUGAAAUACUCGACUUGGACAAUACAAUAAGUGCCUCGACGUCAAAAGUAAUCGAAAAGGGCGAGGAGCUCGUGAAAGCACGAAAAGUCGAGAGCAACAUAGCAGCAGCGAUCGACAGUCUCACAAUGUGUCUACCAGUAUUAGCAGCCUACGCCAAGCUCCAGAGACAGUUGAAAGACAAGCGUUACUACCCAGCCCUGAAGACCCUCGAGCAACUGGAGCACUGCGAUCUACCCAAAGUCACCAACUACAGGUUCUCCUCCCAAAUAACCGAGCAAAUUCCACUGCUGAGGGAGAACAUCAAGGACGCCUCGAUGUCGGACCUCAGGGACUUCCUCGAGAACAUUAGGAAGUACUCCCCGAAGAUUGGGGAGGUGGCGAUGAGGCACAGUGCCGAGCAACUCGUCAGUGAGGCCGAGAUCAUUGGCAGGAAGAAGAAAUUCCAGGUCAGGAGUUCGUCGGUUAAUGAGGGAGAGGAGGAGCUCAGUGCUCAGGAUCUCAUGGACUUCAGUCCUGUUUAUCGUUGUAUGCAUAUUUAUACUGUUUUGAGGGAGGGCGAUGAGUUCAAGGCUUAUUACCAACAGCAGAGGAGACAGCAGGCGAGAUUGGUUCUUCAGCCUCCUGUUAAUAUGCACGAAAGCAUCGUUGGUUAUCAAUCAUACCUCCACGGAAUCGUGGGCUUUUUCGUCGUUGAAGAUCACAUAUUGAACACUGGAAAUGGCCUAGCCACUCGCUCCUAUCUGGAGGACCUGUGGGCGAUGGCUCUCUCAAAAAUCGUAAACGCCCUGAGAACACACUCUGCUUACUGCACAGACGCCAAUCUCAUCCUAAACAUUAAAAAUCUGAUCAUGCUGUUUAACACAACCCUCAGGAACUACGGAUACCCAGUGGGACAAUUGUGGGAUCUCCUCCAGGAGAUAAGAGUGCAUUACAACGAGGUUCUCAUGCAGCACUGGGUCCAGCUCUUCAGGGACAUCCUGGAUGAGGACAAUUUUUUGCCAGUCCAGGUGGCUAAUCAGGAAGAGUACAAUGCUAUAGUGCAAUCCUUUCCUUAUCACGACGCAGAGCUCGAAAAAUCAGAAUUCCCGAAGAAGUUUCCGUUCUCUCAGAUGGUUCCCCAGGUUUACUAUCAAGUCAAGGAGUUCAUUUACGCCUGUCUGAAGUUCUCGGAGGAUUUGAACCUCACGCAGACUGAAAUCGUUGAGAUGAUAACAAAGUCCACGAAUUUAUUGCUCACGAGGACUUUCAGCGGUUGUCUCUCUUCGUUGUUCAGGAAGCCAUCCCUUGCUCUCCUUCAGGUGGUCCAGAUCAUCAUCAACACAGGAUAUUUAGAGGAUUCAACCAAGUAUCUACAGGAAUUUGUGCUGAACAUCACAGGAAAAUUUCGUGAAGGACAAUUGAGCUGUGGAGGUGUGAAAUCAGCCAUGUUCAGGGUGGCUAGGGAGGACGCAGAGAAGCAAAUCUGCGACAAGUUGGAACGUAAAUUGGACGAGUUCUUGGAGCUUGAGAAUUACGACUGGAAUUUGGCGGAACCCCAGGGACACGCCUCGGGUUUUAUAACUGAUCUCAUUGCCUUCCUCCAGAGCACCUUCACGUGCUUCACAAAUCUACCAGCAGAGGUGGCCCAGGUCGCCUGCAAAUCCGCGUGCUCCCACAUUGCUCAGGCAAUCCUAGACAUUCUGAUCAGCGAAGACUUGAAGCAAAUUUCUAUGGGAGCUCUGCAGCAAGUGAACCUGGAUACCAUUCAGUGCGAGCAGUUUGCAGCCUCUGAACCUGUGGCUGGAUUACCUGAGGGCACCCUCCUCCAGUACUUCUCGAAAUUGAGACAAUUGUUGGAUCUCUUCAUGAGCUGGGACUGGCCCACUUACUUCCACGAUUAUGGACAUGAAUCCAGUAAAUAUAAUUUAGUUACACCGAAUAUGGCGGUUAUUCUUCUCGAGAAGUUGAAGGAGUCUGAUAAGAAGACUAAUGUCUUCUCGGUUCUGAAGAAGAGUGAGAGGGAUAAAAAGAAAUUAUUGGAGACUGUGCUCAAGCAACUUCGUCAAUUAGCGGUCACUACUCAGCAGUAAUUGGUGUAAGGUGAUGGAGCGGUAAAACGUGAUGUGUCACAAAAUUAUGGAAAAAGUCCUUUUAUGGAAAAUGUCGAAAUUAAUCAAGUUUUACUACUUCAAAAUGGAAAGGCUAUUAUUUAUGUAUAUACAACGAAUCUGUAGUUAUUCGAAUAUACUGCGUUAUAACAAUAAUGUUUGCCGAAACUGACAGGCGUUUGAAUU